AUGGAGCGCACCAUGGUUCAGCGCCGCCAUGCGGCAGCCUCGCGUGCGCGAGAUGACGAUGUCAGCGCGGCCGCAGGUCCGGAGGACGACAACGAGGGCUACGAAGACGAUUCCUCAAAGUAUUCCCGCCUCACUCUCAUGGAGGAGGUUCUCCUGCUCGGUAUCAAGGACCGGGAAGGCUACACCUCCUUCUGGAAUGACUGCAUCUCCUCGGGCUUGCGAGGUUGCAUGCUCAUUGAGCUCGGACUGCGCAGCAAGAUUGGCCUCGAAGACAUGGGUCGCCGCAAACGUAGCAUUACCGCUCGCAAAGUCGUCCCGCUCCCAAAGGGCGAACGCAACACGGGCGAUGUGAUUCUUGACGAGGCACUCAAACACAUCAAGACUACGGAUCCCGGCGAAACGGUGCAGGAUUGGAUCGAGUUGCUGAGUGGCGAAACGUGGAAUCCUCUGAAGCUCAAGUACCAGCUGCGCAACGUACGCGAACGCCUAGCAAAGAAUCUGGUGGAGAAGGGCGUGCUCACAACCGAGAAGCAAAACUUCUUGCUCUUUGACAUGACCACCCACCCGGUCACCGACGCGGCCAUCAAGGAGCGCGUCGUGAAAAAGGUGCAGGAUGCCGUCUUGUCGCGGUGGCAAAAUGACCCCAACCGCAUGGACAAGCGCACCCUCGCCCUUUUGUACAUGGCCCACGCCUCGGAUGUCCUGGAGAAUGCCUUCUCGCCCCUUUCGGAUGAUGAUUAUGAGCUGGCCAUGCGUCGCGUCCGGGAGCUGUUGGACGCUGACCCCGAGACAGAGGCUGCCAAGCCCAACGCGUCGGAAGUCAUGUGGGCGGUUGUUGCUGCCUUCUUGAGGUGA